GAAUCGACAUCAGUGACAGCAUUGUCAAGCGAUUGGUUUGUGAAAAGUAAAUAAAUAAUGGACAAUAACACGGGCGUAAAUUGGUCCAGCAGCACCCUAACCAUGGAAGGACUACACAAAUCUGCGAUAAUUUACCGCAAGAAUUCGGCCUGUUUCAUCUAUGUGUGCUUUCACUGCGGUCGUAUGUUUAACGAAAUCAGCGAAACUCUGCAGCACAUCGAAUCACACUUUCAACUGGCCAAUGUUGUGAUCGAGCAGUUCGCUGAGGAUGAGAAGGGCGACAAUUUGGGUGAUCGUUUUUCGAUAACAGCAACAGACUCUGUGAUAGAACAAUUAGCUGAGGAUGUCAAGGGUGACAAUUUGGGCGAUUGUUUUGCGAUAACAUCAGUGAACUCUACCGUUGAUAUUAAGGUGGAAGUUAUGGACCAUUGUGAUGGAGAGUCCUUGCUUCAAUCGGAACCACAGGUUAAUCAGGUCAAGCGAGAAUUUCGUUGUAAAAUUUGCAAUUCAAUUGAAUCGUCAAAAUUUUCGGUUCGCGUCCAUGCUUUGAUUCAACACAUCCGGGAACCGAUGAAAUGCAUUCACUGCAACAGCACAACCUUUCAACGAAUCGACGAUUUCGAGAAUCAUUUAAGAACUCACAUUGCUGCGGGUGAAGUCAAUUGGAAAAAUUUGACCGACGGCAUUCAGUCAACAGUGGACGUUGACUGGUCUGCUUACUAUGAAGCUAUGCAAACGGUAAACGUGCGGCAAGACAACAAUAUCACGGAAGAAAUCCCGAAAACAAGUCAAUCACCUCACGAACUUACAACAGCCAAAAGACCUCGACGAAAACAGACUAGAGCGCGAGUGUAUUCCCGACCGUAUCGCUGCCAUAAAUGCUCUCAAACAUGUAGAUACAUGAACGCUUUAAGAAGUCACUACAGCACGCAUGUAGACGAAGAUCUGUUACGGGCAUACAGAUGCAAAGAAUGUGACUGCUACUACAAGAACGCGUACUCGCUUCGAAUUCAUGUUCUCGAAACGCAUCGAAUGGUAAAGAGACUAAGCUGUAAGGGAUGCGCGUUGGAAUUUAAUUGUUCUCACGAGAAACAGUUCGAAGAGCAUUUACAGCUACACAAUGGAAGAGACAAGAAACUAUGGCCGGACAUACGGGACGGAAUCGAUCAUGUGCAGGAAGACUUCACACAAUAUGAGGAAACCACUUCGUUUACCGACGAAGAGCACUGCUGCGAAUUCUGUACGCAAAGAUUUUACUUAAAAUCGAAUUUUGAUGUGCACAUGACGAGUGUCCAUUCUGGUCAACGUCGACUCCAGUGUGGCCAGUGCGAUGCGAUAUUUACAACGCCUAAGUUCUAUUUUGCUCAUCAAUUGGAACAUCAACGAGUCGGCGCUACCAUUGUCGAACGAGACGACAAUGUUCUUCUGGCCAAUCUGGACGCUUGCAUCGAUGAACGAAUUGUUUACGACGAAGAUGAGUUCAAUCAACGAUUGUACCGUUGUUUGAUCUGUAACACCGCAUUCGACAUACAUUACGACAUUCGAUCACAUAUCCGGGAACGGCACGUCUACAAAAUGUUUCCCCCGCCGGUGGAACCGAAAAAGGAAUUCAUUUGCGAUUUGUGUGGCAUGAGAUUGAAGACCAAAGCGGCUGUAAAGAAUCACUUGCUGAUCCAUACGAAUACCAAGAAACAUCCGUGCACGAUUUGUGGGAAAAUGUUCCGUCAGAAUUCGGAUCGGCGAAUUCACGAACGUCAGCACACUGGAGAGAAACCUUUUCAAUGUCACCUUUGCGGCAAGGCAUUCAUUUCUAACGGACUGUUAACCGCACACAAAAAAUCUCACGACGACACCACAUAUCCGUGUCCGAUUUGUGGACGAGUUUUCAAUCUUCCAUCCGGCUACAGGAAACACAUACAAACGCAUCGUCAGGAUCGGUCGUUCAAAUGCACGGUAUGUCCGAAAUCGUUCAACACCAAGAUCUACUUAAGCAAACACAUGUCCAUUCACUCUGACAAGCAAUACCAGUGUCGGUUCUGUGACAGUAAAUUUAGUACCAGUGAUGGUCAGAGGCAGCAUCAGCGGCAUAAACAUAAAUAUGCAUCGAAUUUGUCGUAGUUUUUGUUGUCUGUGUUGCAGCGUGGUUCAAUAAAAUGAGUUCUCUGUGAAA